AUGUCUGGAAAAGAAGAUAAUCGAAUCUUUGUUGGAGGAUUGGGUUGGGACGUUACGGAACGUCAGCUGGAACAUGCCUUUGAUCGUUACGGCAAGAUUCUCGAAUGUCAGAUCAUGAUGGAAAGGGAUACAGGACGUCCUCGUGGAUUUGGGUUCAUUACAUUUUCUGACCGUCGGGGAAUGGAGGAUGCAAUUAAAGAAAUGAAUGGACGGGAAAUUGGUGAUCGAAUCAUCUCAGUCAACAAGGCACAGCCUAGGGCAGGGGGUGAUGAUGCAGACCAAGGGUACAGAGGUGGCUACUCUUCAGGUGGCAGGGGAAGCUAUGGGGCUGGAGAUAGGGUAGGACAGGAUGACUGUUUCAAAUGUGGUCGUCCAGGGCACUGGGCCCGAGAUUGUCCUUUGGCAGGAGGAGACGGUGGUCGUGGUCGUGGCAGUGGUUCAUUUUCUUCCCGUCCUAGGUUUGGAGGUGCUGGUGGACACGGGGAUCGCCUUGGUGAACGUGAGCGGUACAUCGAUGAUCGUUAUGAUGGAGGACGUUACGGGGAUAGGGACCGUUUAGACAGCCGAGACUACAAAUAUAGUGGCCGUGAUCGCUAUGCCAGUGACAGGUAUGCAGUAAGUGGAGGAGAUCGAUUUGAUCGAUAUGGAAGUGGCUCAGACUACCCGCAAAAUGGUUAUGGGAAAGAAAGAGGCUAUGACCGCUAUGGUGGUGCUCGUGGAGGUGCUGAUAGAAAUGGAAGUGGAAUACCUGCUCGUGAUGAAGGAAGAAGUUAUAGGGGUAGGCCCGCUCCUUAUGACCGCCCCAGCAGGGCUGCUCGGCCAUCAUCAUUUGACCGUUACUGA